GCUCCAACAUAGUCAUCAAACUUUAUUUUGAAGGCCAAAGCAGGAAAGACAAGACCGGAAGUGCCCGUGUGACGGCGCUCAUGGCUCCCGAAGGAUAAAGCGGCACUCCGAGUCCGAAGAUGGCCGGGUUGUUUGAGGUGGAGGUGGACGGAGUAGAGCACGACCAUGGACUGGAGCAUCACGACGAACCCAUCCAGUUUGACGUGUCCAAGCUCUCACCGGAAGAGAAGUGGAGGGUGGAGCACGCCAAGAUGCAUGCCAAACACAAAGGCCAUGAGGCCAUGCACGCCGAGAUGGUGCUGAUCCUCAUUGUCACGCUCGUCAUCGCCCAGCUCGUCCUGGUGCAGUGGAAACAGAGACACCCCAAGUCUUACAACCUGGUGACUCUGUUCCAGAUGUGGGUAGUUCCUCUCUACUUUACUACCAAACUCCACUGGUGGAGGUUCCUGACCACGUGGUUUAUCUUCUCUGUCAUCACAGCAUAUAUUACCUACCGUGCCACUCGCAAGCCUCUGGCCUGCACGACACCGAGAUUGGUGUACAAGUGGUUCCUCCUCCUCUACAAGAUCAGCUAUGCGACUGGGAUAGUCGGCUACACUGUUGUCAUGUUUACCCUCUUUGGUAUCAAUCUCAUAUUCAGGAUAAAGCCAGAAGAUGCGAUGGACUUCGGUGUGUCCCUGCUAUUUUACGGACUGUACUACGGUGUCCUCGGAAGGGACUUUGCAGAGAUGUGUGCCGACUUCAUGGCGUCAACAGUCGGUUAUUACAAUGCAUCCGGAAUGCCAACCAAGCAUUUGUCUGAUGACAUCUGUGCCGUAUGUGGACAAGCCAUCCUUGUUGACGUCAGUGAGGAGGGCAUCAUAGAGAACACGUACAGAUUAUCCUGCAACCAUGUGUUCCAUGAGUUCUGCAUAAGAGGUUGGUGCAUCGUGGGAAAGAAGCAGAUGUGUCCAUAUUGCAAAGAGAAGGUGGAUCUGAAGCGGAUGUUCAGUAACCCCUGGGAAAGGCCGCACGUCAUGUAUGGGCAACUUUUAGACUGGCUUCGCUACUUGGUGGCCUGGCAACCCGUUAUCAUCGGCUUCGUGCAGGGCAUCAACUACGUCCUCGGUCUGGAGUGAGCAGCUCGUGUGGCAAACGGAGAAGAAAAUGCUCCGAUUCAAAUAACGGGAAGCCUGGCAAUGAACUGAAACAUCGAUUACAAAUUCUCUGUACUUUUUGUAUAUAUUUUUAGGCGCACAUUACCAGUACUAAUGUUUCAAUUGAUUAGUAAUCGCAGUAUCCUGUCAAUUCUCGGAGUUUUCUUCAGCUUACGCCCCAGUAAAUAUGUUCAUAAUCAUUAGCUGGCUGCUUUUUUUACUUGCGUCUUAAAUGUUUAUGAACACACUUUUUUUGUGACUGUAUGUAAUGGGCAUUUCAGUCAUCGGGGAGUUCUAAGACCCUGUAAAUUCAAAAUAAAUGUCAAUUUGACACGCCACAGAGAAGUGUUGUUAACAACCCUGCUGAAUUUGAAUAAUUAAAAAAAUUGGUAAGUGUGA